AAUAAUAAUCCCCUUAUUAAAUCAAAAAUGAUUACUACCACUGACUGUGAAUGCCCACAAACCGUUGUUCCAACUACCGUUGAUGCCCUUUUGGAUAAUGGAGUUGCCGGAAUCUACAAUGGAUCGUUGAACCUUAGCUCGUCCUCUGACUACAGCCCAGACUACAGUAUCUUCCACUGCAGACUCAACUUUAUCAGCCCACGUCCAGGUGGAAUCUCCGGUUGGGUACCAGGUGCCGUCGAUGACAAGCAGUACAUUGUUGCCAGCUGUGACGCCCCCAGAAUGUUCACCGGCAUUGCCACCCAGGGCCGUAGUGGAACCGACCAGUUCAUCACCGCAUACACAAUCCGCUUCAGCCAGGACAACAAGAACUGGUUCAACCUGAUUGGCGGAGCCAAGAUCUUUGGUAACACCGAUGUCGACACCCCUGUCGCCUACGCCUUCGACCCACCCAUUUACGCCCGUUCGAUCGCCCUCCACCCAGUGACCUUCAACUCCAACAUGGGUCUCCGCUGGGAGCUGUACCACCUGCCCUUCAACACCUACCCAACCACCCAGAUUGGAUCGGUCGCCAUUGGCAACCGUGAGCUCAGCUCAAUCGAGCCAUCGACCUCGGGCUCGAGAUCGGCCACCCGCCAGGUGACCUUCCCAGUGCCAUUCCUCUGCGCUCCAUCCGUGGCCCUUGGUCUGCGCCACAUCGACGCCAACUCGGCCCAUGGCAAGUGCUACACCACUCGCAUCCAGGUCAACGCCAGCAACAUCACCACCACUGGCUUCACAUGCACUUUCACUACCUGGGCUGAUUCCAACCACUUUGAUGCCACUGUUGAUUUCGUCGCUGAGGAUUUGAUCAGAACUCCAAUCAUCCACCGUCUCAACACUCCAUCGACCAUCUCU